UCGACGGAGGGCUUGUUGGCGUCCGAACGUCACGGUUGUCGGGGCCGACGUCGGCCGUCGAAUAUGACACGGACCCGUGAUCGUUCCGUGCAGAUCGUUCCGUGCUACUCUUGACUACGAAUCACAGCCGCGGUGUGACGACCACGUUGACGACCACGACGACGACCACGACGACGACAACAACGACGACGACGACGACGACGACGACGACGACGACCGCAAGAACGGGGACGAGAUCGAAAGAGCCGAAAACACCCCAUCGAGGUAUCAUGUCUUCGAUAUCGGCGCAGGGCGUCGUCGAGCGUGCCAGCGCCGAACUGACCAAGCGAAUUAAUGGCCUGGGAUUACGGACGUCGAAGCAUCAUGGGGGCGGAAAGACCAGCGUCAUGGAACGCGUGACGAAUGUCUUCUGCGGCGGCAGUGGUAGCGUCGCUUACAUGAAUUUGCAGAGCGCAAACAACGCGAACACGACACCCGAGAAACCAAGCCGUAGCGCCGCGCAAACCAUCAACAAUGCGACCGCGGGCAACAAUAAGGAACGUAUGAACAAUGUCACCCCGAGCAGAGGCAGGAUACCCAGAAACAGAAUGAAAAUGGCCGUGCCCCUGGCCAGCGGGGGUACGGGCGGUUACGUGCCGCCGGCCACAUGGGAACAACUGAUGCAGGACGACAAUUUUCUCGGACGAUUUUUUCUUUACUUCAACGCGACGGAAAGAAGAAUCCUGGCACAGGUUUGCACGAGAUGGAGAGACAUUCUGUACGCCAGACCGCGUCUUUGGACGGGAUUGGUUCCGGUGGUGCGAUGUCGCGAGGCUCGCGCCAUGCAACCGAGCUCGCGCACCCGGCUCUACGCCUCUCUGGUGAGAAGAGGCUUCGACUCAUUGGUUCUCCUGGGCGCUACCGACGAAGAUAUUCCGGAACUAACUCGCGGUUUUCCGCUGGCACAGCGAUAUGUGCAUUCUUUGUCACUGCGGUGUUGCGCGGUAACGGACCGAGGCCUUGAGGCUCUUUUGGAUCAUUUGCAGGCUUUGUACGAGCUUGAAUUGGCCGGCUGCAAUGAGAUAACGGAAGCCGGCCUGUGGGCAUGUCUCACCCCCAGAAUAGUGUCGUUGUCCCUGUCAGAUUGCAUAAACGUCGCCGACGAGGCUGUAGGCGCCGUGGCGCAGCUAUUGCCGAGCCUCUAUGAAUUUUCCCUGCAAGCUUAUCACGUUACCGACGCCGCGCUCGGUUACUUCAGCGCGAAGCAAAGCAGCGCGCUCAGCAUCUUGAAAUUGCAAUCUUGCUGGGAGCUCACGAACACCGGUGUAGUAAAUAUUGUACAUUCCUUGCCCAAUUUGACCGUGCUAUCGCUUUCUGGAUGCAGCAAAGUAACGGAUGACGGUGUUGAAUUAAUCGCAGAAAACUUGCCAAGACUUCGUUCCUUAGAUCUGAGCUGGUGCUCAAGAAUUACAGAUGCAGCCUUAGAAUGUAUUGCCUGUGAUUUGAAUAACUUAGAAGAACUCACGCUAGACCGAUGUGUACACAUCACCGAUAUUGGUGUAGGUUACAUCUCCACGAUGGUCUCGCUGAGCGCUUUGUUCUUGAGAUGGUGUUCGCAACUUAGGGAUUUCGGACUUCAACAUUUGUGCGUCAUGAGAUCUUUGCAGGUGUUGUCUGUGGCAGGUUGCCCGUUGCUCACAAGUAGUGGUUUAUCCAGUCUGAUACAGCUUCGGCAUUUACACGAGCUAGAAUUAACCAAUUGUCCGGGAACGUCGCGAGAACUGUUUGACUAUUUACGUGAACAUCUGCCGCGUUGCCUAAUCAUCGAGUAAAACAAAAACGAUGUUCCAUGAAGACACAAUAAAGCGCGAAUAUAUAGAAUUUCUUUAUACUCAAAAAGAAAAAUUAAAUUAAAAAAAAAAAAAAGAUGUAAGUAUAUGUGUCAAACAGAAAGUAUUAAAAUCGCGCCCGCGAGAAGUAGAAACCUCGCAGAAAGCAAUAUUUCAAGCGAGAGACAAAGGUGGUGUAAAGGAGAGAUACAAUAUAUAUAUACUAUAUAUAUAUAUAUAUAUAUAUUACGCGUAUAUUACAGAUAUAAGAAAGCAACUGACGUCCAAAACAAGUUAAUGAAAGAACGCAAUGUUUUCCUUGUAAUGUGUGGUCUAAAAGAAAAAGUCACUAGCCCUGUGGAAAGAAACAAAAAAAAAAAACAAAAAAAACAAAAAAAAAACAAAUAUAUAAACGCGUAGACAUUUUUAAUACACUAAACGUCCCAUGAUGCACUUCCGUUCGUAUUUUUUCAUUCUAACCACGCGAACACAUCACGAGGCAUGUACAAACGGCGAUCGCGCGUGUGUCUACACACCGCUGGUUGGUGGGAAGCAGAAAGGAGAUCUCCACACACUCCCAAGAAAAAGGAAACGCAAUUGUGUAACACGCUCUUGUACAGAAAUGAGAAUUCACAAAUAUUGUACAUUAGAACAGAUUGAUAAAAAAAAAAACGCGUAUCGGAAAUUGAGGAGAGAGAUCAAAGCGCGGUCUUCUUUUUGCCUCCUAAAUGUAGAAAGUCCGAAUGUAAAACAAACAAAAAAAAAAAAAAAAAA